UAAUAGAGUAUCUAGCGGUGUGUGAGAACAGAGAAGGAACGUUUGUUGGCCAUGGAGCAAGAUCGGAGGGUUGAGCUCAUCGACCUCGCAAUUCAGAAGUUUAUACACGACAACAGGAACAACGACAAGGAAUCUCAAUCCCAUCAUAACCAUAACCUUAGCGACCACGACGCUGAAUACCAACUCGCUCUUUCCCAUCUACUCUCUGUCUCUCAGUUGGAAACGUUGGAGAGAGAUGAAAUACUUAAGCUAUCCGAAGCUUCUAAUCCUUCAGAACUGCUAGCUUCUGUUGUUGAGCAAAUAGGAAGCGAAAAAGUGGAUGGGGGAUGCAGGGGAAGUGAAAGUGAUGAUGAGAUAAUCAAAGAGCUGAAGAAGGUAAAGAGGCAGAAUUUUGUGACUCAUUGUCUUCUUUCAGUGAUGAUUGUCCUCACUGUAGCUUGGCAAUUAUCAGAGGUCUCUCUUAUUUUGAAAGUCAAAAACGGACUAAGCAACCCUUUUAGAUUCUUUGGAAGUAUGAUCAAAGGGAUGUUAAAAGUCUCUGACAAGAAUGGCCAGGAACAUGAUAACAAAGAACACCCACCUGAAUCUUCAUCCCUUCCUUCCCUCAAGGUUCCUGAGAUGCCUCAUAUGGAUAUAUCAAGUUUAGGUUUACAUAAUGGAAAGCAAUGAAACUGGCCAUUUUCUUGUAGUGAAGAGUCAAGGAGGCAAAUGGACUUGCUGCUCUCCCUUGUCAUUUGUAUACACCAAAAUUCAAAGGAACAUUUUAGGGUAAUUGCAUGUAAUGUUCAUUCCCACUUGUUGUAGCAUUUACAAGUAUUGAUAGUUGUUGCGUCUUUCAGCAUAUUCAUGGAUAAUGCAUUAAGAUUGUAUCCUAAAUGCUAUAUAUAUUAUA